AUGUCCGCAUACUACGCCAACGAACAGGCCUGGCCUGCUGGCCGCCAGCCGUCCUGGGAGGGCCCCGCCCCGCCCUCGCGCUCUGGCACCAGCUCCACCGUCCAGCGCGAUGAUGGCGCCGCCUUCGCCUCGCAAAUAGAAGAGGUCGAUCGUGCCAUUGACAAUCUAUACAAGAGCGGCAAGAUGCCCAUGUAUGGCGGCGGCGGCGGCGGCGGCGUGCCCGGCAUGCCGCCGGUGCCUGGUGUCCCCCGCCGCGACUCGAUGCCACCGAUGGGCGGCCGCCCAUACGGUGGCGAGUUCGACCCGCGCAUGGCCGGCAGCCAGCGUCACCACUCGGUAAGCGACUACGAUGGCAUUCGCUCGAAUUCGGCCCAGAACCUCCAGGGGUACUACGCCAAUCAGCGCUUUGCGCCGCGUCCCAACGAGACCGACCAAAUGAUGCAGGCUAAGCGGCGCAUGGCUGCUCAGCGGGAACGGGAUCUUCGCAACUACCACCAGGAGCAGCAAUACAACCGGAGUGUUCUUUCAGAUAUCUCGGGAGCCAAGUCCGACCGUUCAAUGUCUCCCAACGCCAUGAGUGAGGACGAGCGCCGUGAGCUCAUCGCGCGCCAGCACCGUGCCCUGUAUGGCGAGAACUCGACCAUUUACGCCGACGGCACUCCCCGCCAGCCCAGCCAGGACGCCCGGGUCGCAACGAGCCUCGCCGGCCGGGGUCCCUCGCCGCUUGCCUUCGACCCCUUCAGUAUGCAGAGCGGCGGCGAUCCGGCGGUGCAGAUGCCGGCCCGUGACGGCAAGGAUGCAAACGCCGGGGCCCAGCGCUCUCGUGCCAACAGCACUUCGUCGCCCUCGUCGAACCACAAUGCGUCCUUCAGCCUGUUCGAGAAUGCCCAGCAGUCGAGCCGGACCUCGAACUCGUCGCCCACCGGCGGCUCUCCUCCUCGCGGCGGCAUGAAGUCAGGCGGAUCUACGGGCGUCGCGCCGAUCGGCACUCGGCCGACGCAGGCCGCGGGCCAGGCCGCGAACCCGGCGCUCAGCAAGCGCUCGACCACGCCUCUCCCGUCGCCCUUGAGCUUUGGCUUCACGGCCAGCGAGCAGCAGGGCAACGAGCGCUCCGCGUCCACCUCGUCCAACCCCUCGUCGAGCAUCACCGACAAGGGGGGUGUCGCCGGCCUCGGCUGGGGCAGCAACAGUGGCGUGUGGGGCUCGUCGAAGAGCUCCCUCGGCGUCCAGGCCUCGGUCUGGGGCUAA